AUGCAGUUCUCCAACAUUCUCUUGGCCGCUCUUGCCACCGCUAGCUCCACCGUCAUGGCUGCUCACUGCGCGAUCGGAAACUCUGUUCGUACUGACUGCUGCUGGGGAGGCAAUGAUGGAUACAAGUCCUGCCUGCGACAGAACAGCAACCGGUACUUCUGCGAGGCCGAUACCGCCAAUUACUGCACCAAUGUCAAGGGACCCAAUGGGGCUAUGGUGUCUACUACUUGCGAUGCUGACUGCUGCAACACUCUCAACGGCUGGGGAACCGGCUGCCCCAAAUAG